AUGUAUACAAUGAUAUAUUGUGCAAUUGCAUUUACUGUCUUCAUUUCUCUAUGUCUUGGAGCCCCAUUGAAAUCAUCCGAUGUUUGUGGUUACAAUGCAUGUAACUUAGGUGAAUCUAAUAAACUUAAUGUUCAUAUUGUUCCACACACACAUGAUGAUGUUGGUUGGCUGAAAACUGUAGAUCAAUAUUACUAUGGCGCUCGUAAUGAUAUUCAACAUGCGGCUGUUCAAUAUAUUCUCGAUUCAGUGAUCCAAUCACUACUUGAAAAUUCUGAUCGUCGUUUUAUUUAUGUUGAAAUAGCCUUUUUCUGGCGUUGGUGGAUGCAACAAACUGAAGAACUGCAAAAUACAGUCCGACAACUCGUUAACGAAGGUCGUCUUGAAUUCAUAUCUGGCGGAUGGUCAAUGAAUGAUGAAGGUGUAACACAUUACAAUUCAAUUAUUGAUCAACAUAGUUUAGGUGCUGAAUUCUUGCGUAAUCAAUUUGGUGAAUGUGGUCGACCAAAACUUGGCUGGCAAAUUGAUCCAUUUGGUCACUCAAGACAAGUAGCUUCGCUCUUCGCACAUAUGGGUUUUGAUGGUCUAUUUUUUGGACGAGUUGAUCCUCAAGAUUAUGCUGAACGAUAUAGAACAAAAACAAUGGAAAUGAUUUGGAAAGGAAGUGCUAAUUUAGGUGAAGAAAGUUGGCUUUUUACUGGUGUAAUACCGAGAACUUAUACCCCGCCAGAUUCUUUUUGUUUUGACAUGCUAUGUCAAGAUGAACCGAUCAAAGAUGAUCCACAAUUACAUGAUUACAAUGUACCCGAAAGAGUUCAAGCAUUUAUCAAGGCUGCACAUGACCAAGCUACAGGUUUUGCAACAAAUCAUAUAAUGAUGACAAUGGGUAGUGAUUUUCAGUAUGAAAAUGCGAAUGAAUGGUAUAAAAAUUUGGAUAAAUUAAUUAAAUAUGUCAAUGCACAGCAAGCUAAUGGUAGUGAUGUAAAUAUAUUUUAUUCUACUCCAACAUGUUAUGUUUAUGCAUUGAAUAAACUCAAUCGAACUUGGACAACGAAAACUGAUGAUUUCUUUCCAAUUUCAUGGAAUGAACAUGGACUUUGGACUGGUUAUUAUACUUCGCGACCUGCAUUAAAACGAUAUGAACGUUAUUCAAAUAAUAUUCUUCAAGUAACAAGACAGCUUAAUGCAUUUUCAAAUAUUACAUUACGACAUGGAAUUUUUCCUCUAAGUGAAGCAAUGGGUAUUGCUCAACAUCAUGAUGCAAUUAGUGGAACAGAAAAACAACAUGUUGCUAAUGAUUAUGCUCAACGAUUAGCACAAGGCAUUGAUUCUGCCAUUUAUGUUAUUAAUGAAGCUUAUAAAAAAUUCUUAUCAAAAGAAAAUCAAUCAUUACCAGUUCCAACUCAAUUUCUCUGUCAAUUUUCAAAUAUUAGUGAAUGUUUACCAAUUGAAGGACAAGAUAGUUUUACAUUAACCAUUUGGAAUCCAACAAUACAACCAAUUGAACAUAUAGUACGUGUACCAGUAACACAAAAAUAUUCAAUUCGAAAUCCAACAGGGGCAAUAAUUCCAGCUGAUCUUUUUCCAAUUUCUGAAUCAAUUAAAAAUAUUCCUGGUCGAACAAGUACUGCUCAAUAUGAAUUAUUAUUUCGAACACCUUUACCAGCCCUUGGUUUUAAUACUUAUUAUUUUGAAGCUAGAACUGAUGUGACCAUGGAAAAAAAAUCUACAACAAGAGUAAUACAUAAUGAAGCAUGUACACUUCAAAAUCAAUAUCUUCGAGUUGAAUUUGAUACACAAGGAAAUUUAAAUAAAAUCACUAAUCUUGAUAAAAAUUUCUCAGUAUCAUUUUCUGCUCAAGGUUUUUAUUGGUAUGCAGCUUUUCAAGGCAAUAACUCUCGCCCGGAAUUUCAAUCAUCAGGUGCUUAUCUGUUCCGACCAUUUACACCAAAUCCAUUGCCAGUAAGCAGUUCACGUAAUAUAACAUGUACCUAUAUGGAUCAAGUGCAAAUAGCAUUGAUUGUAUAUAAUAAUUGGGUUAGUCAAGAGAUGAGAAUUUAUGACGAAGCAAGAACAAUUGAAAUUGAAUGGAUUGUUGGACCAGUUCCAGUUGAAGAUAAUAUUGGUAAAGAAAUAAUAAUGCGUUAUGAUACAGAUAUUCAAAGUAAUGGAAUUUUUUAUACGGAUGCUAAUGGACGUGAAGUACUUGAACGUAAAAGAGAUUAUCGACCAACAUGGAAUUAUACAGUACAUGAAAAUGUUAGUGGAAAUUAUUAUCCUGUUGUAAGUCGUAUUUGGAUUAAAGAUAAUCAAAAACAGAUGACUGUAUUGACAGAUCGAUCUGAAGGUGGCUCAAGUAUACAUGAUGGUUCUAUUGAACUAAUGAUUCAUCGUCGUUUAGUUUAUGAUGAUUCAUUAGGUGCUGGUGAACCAAUGAAUGAAACUGCUUAUGGUAAAGGUCUUGUCAUACAGGGCAGACAUAUUCUUGUUAUUGAACCACCAGAAUCAAGUGCACUUUAUCAUCGUCCUGCUGCUCAAAGACUUUUCAUGAAUCCACUCAAUACUUAUGCAUUACCAAAAUUACCUUAUACUAAUUAUUCAAAUAGUUAUCGUCAAACAUGGUCAGCUUUAGCUGAAUUAUUACCAUAUAAUAUUCAUUUAUUGACGUUUGAUCAAUGGAGUUCAAAAGUAUUUCUCAUACGAAUUGAACACUAUUUCGAAUUGAAUGAAGAUGAAACAUAUUCAAAACCAGUUCAAAUUGAUUUACAAAUUUUAUUUAAUACAUUAGGAAAAAUUAAAGAUUUAAUUGAAUUAACACUGGGAGGAAAUUUACCAUUGAAUGAAAUGAACCGACUAGUUUGGAAAACAAAUGAUAAUCAAUCAUCAUAUUGGAAAUCAACAAAUUCGAAUCUAUUACAAAGUAUAAUCGUAACACUCAAUCCAAUGGAAAUUAAAACUUUUCAAGUCACAUUACAAUAA